UCAACAGGAGUCAACUUUGGGCGACCGCAGCUAACAGCUCCGCCGCCUGCUUCCCAGCACCGUGGCCGGUUAUUGCAACACCGUUUGGGCUCUUUUGGACUUUUCGUGGCGUACUAUGGAGCCAGUCCGGGUAUUUCUGUGUGUCCUGGCCGUGUUUGUUUCGUUGUUGUCGGACAGGUUUGUGGUGCUGGCUGCCUUCUCCCAGUCUCUGGACAGCGACUUCACUUUUACUCUACCUCCCGGUCGAAAGGAGUGUUUCUACCAGACCAUGAAGAAAGAUGCUUCCCUGGAGAUUGAAUAUCAGGUAUUGGAUGGUGCAGGUCUCGAUGUAGAUUUUUACAUCGCCUCUCCUUCUGGCCAAGUGCUGUUUAGCGACUACCGCAAGUCAGACGGCGUCCACACUGUAGAAACUGAAGAUGGAGACUACAUGUUCUGCUUUGACAACACGUUCAGCUCUGUGUCUGAGAAGAUCAUCUUCUUUGAGUUGAUCCUGGACAACAUGGACACAGAGGAUCCAAAUGACUGGAAGGAGUAUGUGCAUGGAACAGACAUGCUGGAUAUGAAGCUGGAAGACAUUAUGGACACCAUCAACAAUGUCAAGGCUCGGCUGGGAAAAAGUGUGCAGAUCCAGACGGUGCUGCGAGCGUUCGAGGCUCGCGACCGUAACCUCCAGGAGAGCAACUUCGACCGGGUGAACUUUUGGUCGGUGAUCAAUCUCAUUGUGAUGAUGCUGGUGUCGGCGGUUCAGGUCUACCUUGUCCGCUCGCUGUUCGAAGAUAAAAGGAAAAUGCGUACAUAACACUCCUCCCCCCCUGGAAUGGAGGCAAAAAGAAGGAGAAACUAACACACUUGUCCACAGAAACUUUUGGGAUAUUAUCAACUGAUCCCCUGUCUUGUGACUCUUGUGACACAAGAUGUUAUAUACACACACACACACACACACAUGCACAGACACCAACUAGAGACGUUUAUUAACAAUUAUUUCAUUACACUCUGGUCGUCAGUCCACUGGAGUUUGAGGGACGGCAGGAAUCCAAGAACUUUUGACCGUCAGCCCCUCUACAUUCAACCCCUUUCUCUGUUACAGGAAAAAGGCUUCUUGGUCUCUAUUUACAACCUGUUUCUUGUUUCAUGGUUCUCCCGGGCUGCUGUAGUUCUUUACUGAGAGUGACAUUACAAGCACAUUUAUGAUGCAACUAUUUUUCUAACAGAGCUUGAAGUUACCAGGCCAGUGGCCAAUUGCAAAAAUGUCCUGUUUUUCUUUGGACAUGUUUUUUUUCUUCUGAGUGUUAAGCUAGAUGAAGAUAUGAGGAAUUAAUUUCUGCCAAAAAGAAGUGGGAGGUGCAACCACUCUCUCAGUAUGUCUUCCCCAAAUGUUAGCUACUCUCAAAAACAUACCUACGUAUGUAUCUAAGUUGCCUUAGUGUUUUGGAUUUAGCUGCUAGCUUUGUGCCAGUCUGUAAAGCCUUUGAGUAAUUCUCCCAUUGCUACAAACAUUUAUUUUGUUGCUGUUCUGUCUCACUUUCCCUUCCAUGCCAAUACUGAAAAGUCAGGUGUUUAGUUAGAGCUGUGCUGCUAAUGCUGCUCCUUGGCACCAAAGGGAUCGUGGAGUAGAAGGAAAGGAAACGGGUCGUCUCCAAGUCUCUUAAUGACUGCUGCCCUCCUCUGCCGUGAUUUGUGGACUUGUGGCCCAAAUGGCUGCCAGCUCCACUACCCUCCACUGUGAAGCCUCACGGCUGCUGGUGGGUGUCUGCUUACAGCCACCUACUGUGUGAAGAUGUUGAGCCCGCCCGUCUCUCUGGUGACAGAAGUCUAUUUCUAUCUUACUGACAUCUGGAAGGUCAUUACCACUAUGACAUUGCACUGCUCAGUUUAAUAUGCACAAGCCAUCCACUGCCUUGGCUACGUCAGCAUUCUUUUCGAAGCUAGUAUCUGUGUAUUAGCAUUUUUUUUUUUAGCCAACAUUACAAACUAACAACUGACCAUUGCACUGCCUCUGAUGCCACAGAACAACAUCUUUGUGUCUUUGUAUUCCUAGAACAUAAUUUAACAUUUUGGGCUCUAAUGUUUUUGUGGGGCCGAGCAGAAAUGGGUCCACAGCUUGUCCUGAUAUGUGGUUGAAGGAGUACUGAUCAAGAGAUUAUUUUUAACUCAUCAGUUGCUUGUGUUCUAUUAAGGUGCCACCACAGCUUGUGGUUAUGGUUUCCAUGAGUGUUUUAUUUUUUUUUUAUUGGUCUUUCCUCGGCUCCAUUCUUGAAACCUGGCCGUUUACAACCCUGGCUAGAAGCUCCGUCUUCUGAAAUUUUGCCCUGUGCCGUAAGAUAAAGAUAAUACAGUGAGUUCAUGCCUUCGUAAUUUACACAGCCUUAUGUUGGAUGUGCGAAAAACCAAACUCUGAGUAGUGUGAUUGUUUUAAAUGUGUACAGUUUUGCCAUACAGUAUGUGCACAUGUUACAGUUUUUUUUUUUUUGUGGAUGCCUGCAAUGAUAUAGGUUGUCUGGUUGUGAGAAACGAUCACCUUCUGCCUCGGUUUCAGUGCGUAUUCCUUCCUGGUUCCUCUGUCCAGUUGAAGCUACUGUGUUUCUAGUCUUUAAUUAUGAUAUGUUGAGAUUGUGUCUUGUGGAAAGUCUUAUGGAUUCGUAAUACAUUUAUUUUCUGGUUUAUUUGAAAGAGCUUCCAAAAUUCUACAAAAAUUAAAGUCAUUUUUAAAAGUAUUUCUACGUUGCUGAAAAGGAGAUUAAUAAAGUUUCUGAGUCAACAGCCACACUGGCUUUACAAAACCGUUUUUACAACAAUAAAUGAUCAGUGAAGAAAGAAGGAAUGUGAUGAAAAUGAUAUUUAUUCAACUAAUGUCCUGUAGAUGUAUAUGUGUAUAAAUUAAACAAUCAUACUUUUUCUGA